CAUAAAAUGCUUUUUCCUCUCCUCCCUGCUCCCACACUCCUCUCACUCUCUCUGAUUGUCCUCACCUUGAAGGUAUCCUGACCAACAGCAGCCAUGUCUGAAGGACCGAAAAAGUAUUCGGCAACACGCCGGCUGCUCCUAAAGACCAAACUGCUGAAAAAGGCAGGGAUAAUGCUGGUGGCUGAGUUUGCGGACAAGAAACGUGAAAGAGAGAGCGCUCUGAAUGAGAGAGCCCCACCCCUCAAACUGUCUGGCCUGUCUGUGCAGGAGCUACAGGACCUCUGUAAAGACCUACACAAAAAGAUUGAUAUCGUAGAUGAGGCACGAUAUGACAUGGAAAUCAAAGUGGGGAAAAAUGAUUUAGAGAUUAAGUCGCUGACCCAGAAGAUCGACGAGAUAAAGGGGUCGAAGAAGCCUACUCUGAAGAGGGUGAAGAAGUCUGCUGCUGAUGCCUUGCUGGGAGCCGUGGCCGACACUGGCAAAAUGAAGGCUGACUUCACAUCCGGCCUCAAAAAAGUCAAGAAGGAAGAGGAGAAGAAAGAGGAGGUGACUGACUGGCGUAAGAAUGUGGAUGCCAUGUCUGGCAUGGAGGGUAGAAAGAAGCUGUUUGAUGCUGGAAAAUAAGAAGUAUUGUAGGGUCAUGUUGUAACCACCAUUAAGAGAGAAGUAUGCCAAGACUGCAAGAUCCCACAAAGAGAAGAGAGAGAGAGGACGUCAGUUCUAGAAGAGAGGUGAAUUUCAUGUUGUGAUAUGAAAUUAAUUUUAUAAUGAAUCAUGUCAACCAUGUCAACCAUGUAAAUUCUACGUGUGUGUCCCCUGUUUAAUGUGAUAUGAGAGUUUGCUCGUUCACAGGGAAUAUUGUUGAUAUGAUAUAUUGUAGAUAUAUUAUAGAUAGUUGUAGAAGAUAGAUAUGUUGCAUGUAAAUGAUGUGUUGAUAGAAUCAGUUAUUUAUUAUAUAUUGGUAGUAUCCCUUAUGGAAAACCCACAUGAUUUCACAUGUGAAAUUUUCAAGUUUUGCACAUGUAAAAGUUUAUUGUGAAACCAUGUGGUUUUGGAACACUUCACAUGUGAUUAUAUUUCACAUGAAGUUUCACAUGUGGAUUGUCACUUGUGAUCACCUAACCUUUCACAUGUGGAUUCAAAUUUUCACUUGUGUAUAUUUUUCACGUGAGAUUUCACAGGUGACGAUGCCCUGCAUACAAUCAUCUGUUAUUAGGAUGUCCCCCGGAAUGUCACAAAAUAGUUGCAGUGUUUUCAACUUACAUAUUUGACACACAUGAUUAUAUUGUGCAUGUUUAUUUCAGUGGAGGCUGCUGAGGGGAGGACGGCUCAUAAUAAUGACUGGAACGGAGCAAAUGGAAUGGCAUCAAACA